AACAAUCCUCUCUGACACAGUCACCGUCUUCUGUGAAGUCAGACUAACAGUCUGUAGACGUCUGAUAAAUGGCGUUAUUCAUCCCUGAUAUGGCUGGUCAUCUGUUUUUGGUCAUCCUCCUUUUCGUCACCUUCCAAUACAUCGAAGCCCAAGGUCAUUACCAAGAUCCAAAACCAGACAUUACAGUACAAUUUGAUAAGGACUUCACCAUCAUCUGUUUGAUUCGUGGAUCCGUCAGUCCUGACACCACCUGUAACCUGUAUGUUGGAGAGGAGAGUCAGCCAUCCUUCACAGCAAAGAUCAAGAACAGAAAAGCCACCUCAGCAUCCGGACAGCAGUUCUGUCAAUUCACUCCAAAACAUAGUGAUCUGAUCAGUCGUCUACAGUCAGUGAGGCGUAAGGAGGUGAGCUGUGAUUACAGAGUGAGCUCAGGACCAAACUCUCUCUCUCCACGCAGUGAUGGGUACAGCUUUGCACAUCUGGUGGGAGUUCACAUUAGUGAUCCAACAACUAAACCCUUUCCAGCAGCAGGUUCGACUGUUAGUUCUACUUUGACCCCCAACACCCCAGUGAGACCAACUACCAAUAGGACCACUAAAUGUUUGACCUCUCCCAGUACAGCACUGAAUCCAUCACCAGGUUUGACUGUUAGUUCUACUUUGACCACUGACACUCCAAGUAAAGGUCAAAGCUCCACAGACAUUGACGUGAAUUCAAACAGUCCAGAAAGUGUUCCAGAUUCGACUGUUACUUCUACUUGAUUACUGGCAUCACAGUGAGACAACUACCAGU